AAAGCAAACCACGACCAUGAUGACAUCUGAGAGAAUAUCUUCCAUCCGGACCAGGAGGAACAGUUAUUUGUACGAGCGGUACCAUGAGCUGGAAUCGGUGAAGAAGCACCUGGAAGUCAACCUGGGUGAGAUCAAAGGUCAGCUGAACGGCCUGGUGGCGUUCAACAACCUAAACGAAAUCCAGCAGGCCUUAUCAACCGGCGUCUUGCACGUGCUGGACGACCUGACCGAACAUCAGUUCGACGUGUUGUUCCUGGCCUCAGCGUGCAGAGGAGACUUUCAGACCUUGAACCUGAUGCUGAGCAAGAGCAGCACGCGGCUGCCCGACAUCCAGUUCAAAAAGAUGAACGCGCUGCACCUGGCCAUCGUGUUCAGGCACAGCACUUGCGUCGAGGCCUUCCUCGUGUCCGAGGAGCUGAGGAACCUGUGGCUUAGCUCCACCUACGAGGGCUACCGGCCACUGCACCUGGCCACCUUUCAUAAGUGUUCAGAGUGCGUCGAUGUGAUCGUCAACUACAUCAGGCACGAGUUGGAGCUGAACAAGCGUGCGUCGCGUCCGCCGUACGUCACGCCGUUGCACAUUGCCGCCAUGUUGGACUGCUCAGCGGUGGCCAAGACGCUACUCGAGGCUGGUGCCGACUCGGAGGUGACGUUGCAAGUCGAAACCUACACGCCACUGCACCUGGCCGCGCUCUACGACAACACCCUGACCGCCGAGGUGCUGCUCCAGAUGGGCGCCAGCCUCAAGGCUACCACGCCGGAAGGCAUGUCGGCCCUGGCACUGGUCGAGAUCCACGUUCCACAGGCGCUGACCUGCAUGCUCGACUCGUGUAUCAAACUGGAGACCACCAAGGAGUACCGCAUCAUCACCUUCGACACGAGGUUGCUGAUGGAGGAACCAAACAAAAUCCGAACGUCGCUGCUCAGCUUAUUUGUGUCUAGCAACUGUAUUCACGGCCUCACACAUCCAGUUUGCAAGACCAUCAUCGAGGACAAGUGGGCCAGGGUCCGCAAGUGGUACCUACCGCACUUCACACUCAGUUUUUUCCUCACCCUCUUCACGACCAUCUCCAUCCUGGCGUCUCGCACCUGCCUCUGCAAAUUUUCUGCCAAAUCUAGUUACAUAGAAUGCAAAAGCUCCUGCUCUGGAAUUUUCUCGUCAACCUUCACGGCGACGUUCGUGGUUGAGAUGAGUCGCGUUCUAUUGGCGCCGCUCAUCUUCUACAAAGCGGCCAGGAAAUCAUGUGGUAUUUUUGUCCUUUCAAGUCAGCCGACGCACCUGCUGAGCCUUGCAUCGCAUUUCAAGAAAAUCAGCAAUCUUACCGAGUGGUUCUGCCUCAUUACGACGAUGUGUAUCAUUCUGACCGACCAGGAAAAUACUCAAAUACUGAACGACCUGAGUCCGGUCGUGGUGCUACUAUCCUGGUUCCAUUUCAUGUUUCUGUUCGAAAAACUUCCCUGGUACGGCACCUACAUCUCCAUGUACGAGCACGUACUCAAGAGCUACCUCAAAUUGCUGUCUGCCUACAUUUGGCUCUUCAUCGGCUACUCCAUCGCCUUCACCAUGAUCUUCCAAGCCAAUCCGGACUUCACUUACCCUCUCAAGUCGCUCUCGAGGACUAUGGUCAUGAUGACCGGCGAGUAUGAGUACGAAAACCUGUUCCGCACCAACGGCACCAGCAUGCUACAACUGAACGACAAUUUGUCCCAAGCGACCGCCUACAUAAUUUUUCUGACCUUCAUCAUCGCCUUGCCUAUCAUCCUGAUGAACAUGCUCAUCGGUAUUGUCGUGCACGACGUAACGGACAUGAAGAAAAACGCGAAAAUCGCCACUAUGCGCCGCACCAUUCGGCUGGUCGAGCACUUGGAGCUUAUUGGAGACACGGUUCGCGGGUGUUUGGGCCUGACCGAGGAUGGCGCCGCGUGUCGCCAACUGUCCGACGACUUUAUGAUCGUGUACAAAAUCACGAAAAAGGAGCUUAUCUGCAAGGAGGCGCUUGCCGAGGCCAUAAACAUCGCCCUGCACAACUCGGCUUACGGUUAAUUAUGCAAAAAAUCAAACCGCUCUAUUGUUUGCAACGCGCGCGACAUUUACUAAUAAUGUUGCCUUGUAUGCACCGAUAAGUCAUUGUUCAAAGUGUAGCAAAGUCGGCCUUACCUUUGAUCCCUCUGUCGUCAUCUUUCUCGUUGUUAUUAUCACAAAUGCCACCUAUUACUUCUGCAACAAGAGAGAGGACAGAACGGAACAUGAGCAAAGUAAUUACAACUCAAUUCAAGAGCAAAUGUGAUACAUUUAUUUUUAAUAUUAUUUGUAGCUGUGGCUAAUAGGGCUUCGCGUUUAGUUUUUUAAAUUUUUUCUGGCACGUGCCACAACAAAAUGGAUUUCAAAUUAGUGAAAACUAUGGAAUUCCGAGAAAUGAAUUGAUAAAUCAUGAAACCCUAAAAACAAUCGAAAUUUAACAUGCAAAUCAGUUCUGAAAUCAGCUAGACGUAAAAAAGAAACUGAUGAGCAAGGAAAAUUUGUGAAAUUAACGGACAACUCUUGAUUGUUUUGCAAUUGAGUUUAAAAUGACUAGAACCGUCCAAAUUUGCUGCAGUUUGUCAAAAUUGCUGUUUUUCAACCGAAAAAAUCCGAGUAACAAUCGCAUCGCUUUAAAUAGUAGUUACUUUUAAAAACAAAAUGUAAAUAUUAUCAUAUUCAAUUCAUAAAAUGUACCCUUUUAAAUAAACUUGAACUAAUUAUUUUUGUUGUGGGGGACUAACACGCGUUGGUAUGGCUUAUGUGAAGUAUCUAUUUUUUUCAACAAAAAAGAAAUAAAAUCAUUUAAACAUGCUUGAGAAAGUAUAAACAUAUAUAGUGAGGCAAAUUGUACUGUCCCUUGGCUGAUUUAACCGGGUUUGACCUCUUUAGAUUAUUUUAACUUAAUAAAACUUCUCGACUCGUG